AUGGGCAAGGGAGAAUGCCCGGAGGAUGCAGGCUUUGAAGACGAAGUCACGCUUCUGAGCAAGUUCAGGCAUCCACAUCUGGUAACACUCCUCGGGUGGGGUCAGCAUUGCUUGCAGCGCUACCUCGUGUACGAGUUUCUCUCUGGCGGGGAUGUGUUCCAGAGGCUUCACAAGUGUCACUGUGGGCAGCAAGGCUUCCCCUGGCACGACAGGCUGAGUGUCCUCCUUGAUGCUGCCAGCGGCUUGUCCCACAUGCACAAUGCCACACCAAAGGCGUUCCACCGCGAUAUCAAGUCGGUGUGGUUCUUAUCCCGUGUCAGAAUCGUACAAAAAGUCAAGAAAGCUGUAGCUUGCUUCCUGAGACGUGCGAAACGGAGCCGUUUGUUGGAAACUGGGAGCAGCGAGCACUUUCGGCGCCUCAAGUCGCACGCCUCUGUUCUCGACGGCCGCAGUGCAACCUUCAUAGAUUCCCAAGCUGGGCUGAAUGCAGUGGUCCUCGGGUCUGGGCGAGCGGCGAGCUGGGCUGUGGAAUGCGGGAGCAGAUGGCUGGUCGAGCAGGCUGGUAGCUUUGAUGCAAGGGACGUCGGAAUCAACAGCUUCUUGGGCAAGCACCCAGGAUUUGCUGGAGAGUUUCAGAAGCACUCUUAUGAUUUCUUGGUGCGUGAGCUUGACGUGCAGAACGUGCCAGCGAAGCUGGGUACGCACUGUACUCCGGCUGACUUACUUAUGUUGUCGCAGACGUGUGACCCCUCGGCACACGUUUGGUUUACGGUUGCAAAGCAGAGGCUAACAACCCCAGAGGCAAUCGCCAAGCUGGCUCGAGCCUUUCAGGUGCCUUCCAAAACGUUCAGCUUUUGCGGCAUGAAGGACCGCUGGGGUAUUACGACGCAGCGGAUCAGCUUUCCCGGCAGCGUUCUGGUCCACGAGCCGCAGGUAAGUCUGUUCGACAGCAUGGCUCUCGGCAAUGCCUUCCCCGCAGCACACAAAGCGAGGCUAGGUGGACAUGGCGGCAACGAGUUUACAGUCGUUCUGCGUCGUGUCACAACCGAUAAAUCGCCUGCCACCCUGGACACGUGCAUUGAUGCACUCAAGACUGGCUUCCCGAACUAUUUUGGCCUGCAGCGCUUUGGUACUGGCGUCGUGCCCUCGUCCGAGAUGGGUGUAGCGCUCCUGCAGAAAAACUUCAAACACGUGGUGGAGCUGCUGUUGGGCUCGCGCGCACGUCGAGGGACGACAUUCCAAGCCUACUGUGAGGCAAGCAGAGGUAACUUUCGCGAAGCUCUUGCUCUGACUCCGACUUCCUGUCUGUUGGAGACUUCUGUCCUCCAGUACCUGUCUGAGCAUCCUGGCGAUUACAAGGGCGCCAUCAAGUCAGUACCACGUCACUUGCGUCUCCUGUGGUGCCGCUCCGUGGCAUCUCAGGUCUGGAAUAAGGUAGUGUCCCUUCGACUGCAGCAAGACAUGGGAGUUCUGACCGGCGAUUGGGUGGCUGCCAGUAGUGACGACUCUGCAGCUUCUGUGUGGCCAGCGGAAGUGAGAUCCCUGAAGCAAGGCGAGGAAUCCUGUACACCUUUGUCGAAGGUGCUUGUGCCGGUGCUUGGGUUUGCAGUCAAACUGCCGGAUAACGAGUCGAAACACUUGCACAGCCGUGUGCUACGAGAGAUGGGCCUUGACCUCAGUGUCUUCGCCGAGCCCGAGAGCAAGGAUGGUAUUUCAAUGCCUGGUGGCUAUCGCCCACUGAUUUGCAGACCAUCUCAACUGACAGUGAGACGGCUCGCGUAUCCUGGAAACGACAGAUCCGAGGCAAAGGGUCGUCUCGUUUCAACCGACCUAGACCAGAUGCUAGAAUUCAACGAACCGAUGGCCUCCAGCAUACGGCCCUUGUCCUCGGCAACCCUCCGGGAGCCGACGGAGCACUUGGCUUUGGUGCUCGAGUUUCGCCUGCCUCGGGCAAGCUAUGCCACCAUGGCAAUCCGAGAGCUCAUGAAAAGAUGCACCUGUGGGUCUCUGGCCAACAUCCUGCUGGACAGGCAUGGCACAGCCAAGAUGGCGGUGCCGGAGCGAUCAUCCCUCGAGCUGGUUCCUGAGAUUUGGGCCAAAGUCGUGGUCUUUUUGGAUCUGCGCAGCCGGGGCGCCCUGGCGCCGUGCGCACAGCGCAUGACACCCGAGCCUUUGACCAAGCUCGAGCUUCAUGGCGGCCAGGCAAGAGCUUUCUCAGCGCUGCUCAGCUGUUCUGCUCGGCAGCACCUGAAAGUUUUGGACGUUCGUCUGCAAGGCCUGAGUAGCGUGGCGAUAUCCCACACGCCCUCGCUUGAGAAGCUCAGCUUCAGCGCUGUUGACCUGGAGCAUUUUUUCGCAGACUGCCCCUCUCUUCUUGACUUUGAAUUCGACUGGGAGGUCACUGAUCAGCUUCGGAGCUUCGAGCUUCGCGCUGGGAAGCUCGCGGCGCCGCAGAAACCCGAAGGGCUGCUCCUUCGGAGCUUUCGAUUGGAAGGAGGCCUGCAAAGCCUGGACCUCUCGGAGCUGCGGCCGACAGAACUUUCCCUGGCUUUGCCUGAGAAUGCGGAUGUUCUCUGGCCCGAGCGCAUGGCUUCGCGUUGCCUUCGCCGGCUUAGCCUUGAUCUCGGCGUAUCUAUCAGCGAGGACCUUGCGCAACGAUCACUAGACCUGCGAAAAUUUGUCAAAGUUCAGAGGCUAUCAGUGCGGACAGGCUCCUCAACGCUGUGCUUACCUGAUGCGCUGCAGCUUCAAGAGCUCUUUCUGGAGGUGCCAGGUUUGGCCGCACUCGAUCUCUCGGACUGGGCGGUCUUCGGUGAGCUUCGACAGUUGGAACUGCGCGGCUGCAACCUCCAGGAGUUGGCUCUCCCGCAGGGUGGUGAGCUCCGGCGCAUCACGCUGAGGGCGACGCAGCUUCCAAAGCUGUAUUUUUGGCUAAAGGCGGCUGAGUCUGUCGAUGUCCAAGUACCGAACAUCUCGCACCUACAUAUCGGUGGCUGCACUGGCCUUUCCAGCCGCUGCUUGUCUCAUCUGCUGGCAGGCUGCCAACAACUGGAACAACUGCAGCUGUCCCACUGUGCAUCUGUUGAGUCACUUGAGCUUUCCUCCACGCGGCUUGAGGAGCUGAAGCUGCGUCUCAGCCGAAACCAUCGCUUGCAGACGUUGCGCCUCCGGUGCCCCAGCCUAGCGUGCAUUGCGCUGCCUUUGGCACCGCUUGCUGGCGCAAAUCUGCGACGGUUGAGCCUCGAGUCUGCAAGGCUCACAUGCUUGGAUCUCAGCUCCUUGCGGUGGCAGGAGCUGCUUGAGCUCAGCCUGCGGCUUCCACAUCUAUCAGUGCUUCAUCCACCCGAGGCAGCAAGACCUCUCGCAGGUAGCUCUCCGGAUCUUGCCUGCAAGCCGGAACCUGUACAAAUCCUGAUCUUUUCCAAGCAUCUGAACAAGUUGGAUCUGACAGGCUUGCGACACGCGAAGCGCAUCGACCUGACUUUGCAGUCCUGGCGUGCUCAAGUUCUGUGGCCAAGGCAUGCAAGGUUACAAGCAGGUUCCCACCCGGCAGCCUUGCGCUUGUGGCUUCCGUGCUCUGAGACUCCGCUGCCCCCACAAGGCUGCGGGCUUCUGGAGUCGGCAGAAACUCUGGACUGUUCGGGUUGUCAUGUCCUGAAACCGGAAGCCUUGAAGCCGGAAAUGUUUCCGAGCUUGACCUCCCUCGACGUGACAGAUUGUCAGGAAUUCAACAACACUGCCUUGAUCAACGUGGCUGGUGCUGCAAAGCUUCGGCGACUGCGCUGUCCAGGCCUCAGCUGUGUCAGCCAGAACGGUGCCACGAACAUCACGGUGAAGACCAUUGGCGGUACUCCGGGAUACAAGUGUCCUGUCUAUGAGCGCACGCGACGCUGCACCGAAUCCUCCGAGGUGUACUCCUUCGGCAUGGUAAUGCUGGAGGUGAUGACAGGCCUGGAUCCUUCGGCCACCGACCCAGCAGCACCUCGAGGCAUCGUCUUCCCGCUCGCAAAGACAGUGGCUCCAAACACGCCUGGCGCGCUGCAACGGCUCAGAAGGUCCGCAGACACAACAGCCAGUUGGCCUCGAGAUCUCUUCGAGGAGCUCACCCCGUGGGUUGAUGUACUUUGCAAAGAACAUGCCCGGUGCCGAGCGUUAGUCCACAUCACUGCUGAUGGCACACGAGAGACAUGGAGCAACACGGUGACCCUCUGCUGUGCGUAUUCCAUUCUGGCGAAGGGCUUGUCUGCGCAGGAUGCGUACCAGCCGUUCGCUUACCUGGAUCUUCCGGCGUUCGUAGAUUGUCGGGGGGAGGGUGCGAACGGGAUCGAGUUGCAGGAGGAGGAGUCGGACUUCAGGCUGAGCGUGCUCGAUGUCUUGAUGGGCAUCCAGCGUGCUCGCGAUUUGGGCUGGUUGGAUUACCGGAGCUUCCCGGUGGAGGUGUACACCCAGAUGCUGCGAGCAGAGCAUGGGGACAUGAGUUGGAUACUACAGGGCAAAGCCCUGGCGAUGGCAAGUCCUUGGGCACAGCCCGUAGACACGGAGGGAAUGCCUGUUUGCACACCGGAUGUCCUUGUCCCAUAUUUUAUCGACAACAAGAUUGAAGUCGUAAUUCAGUGCAACCAUCCUCAGUCCGAGGAGAAGGGCGAGCGGAGAGAGUUGAUCAGCUAUGAUCCAAAGCCGUUUGAGAAUGCCGGCAUCAAACAUGUGUGGCUUCCGUUCGAAGAUGGGGGUUGCCCAUCUACGGAGCUCAUCCAGCAGUUUCUGCAAGUUGUCGAGCCGCAGAGUGGCGCAUUUGUCGUCCACUGCAGGUCUGGACUUGGCAGGACUGCUACAGUCAUUGGGAUUUAUGCCAUGCGACACCUUGGUUUCACGGCACGGUCCUUCAUAGGCUGGUCACGAGUAGUGCGGCCUGGGACGGUCCACGGCAGCCAGCAGCAGUACCUCGUGAAUCUGGAGCCAUACGUACGCCCCGGCGUUGAGAGAUCAUUGGCCAACUUGAACCAAGUGGAGCAAUUGCAGAUGCUGCCACUGCGAGAGUUAAGCUUUUGGGCUCUUGACUUAGGUGUCAAUCAUGCGCUGCUGGCUAAUCGCUCACGGACCGAGCUAAUUGAGAUCAUCCUUGAAGCACGUGGCAACGUCAAGUCCGGAUCCAACUUGCGGCCGCCUGACCCCGCGGCGCAUCGGGCACCUGACCCUGCCGCGCACCGGAAUUCAGUGACGGCCGGAACCCCCGAAACGAUUGUGCCACAGCAGUUGCAGAGUGCCAGUCAGAAAACUCCGGACGAACCAAUCAUAGAUCCUUGGCAGGAAGCUCUUCAGUAUCUCAGACUUCUGGGUUCUUUGCACGACGGUUUCGGAGCAGAUGCCAUCAUCCAGCUGGUCGAGCAGAUUCGGGACAGCCCCUCGACUCGAACCGUCGUGAAAGCCGAAGAAGUUGAAUCGGCAGCCAUGAACGAAGUCAGUGCGGCACAUGCUGCAGCUUUGGCAGAGACACGACGAAAGGAGGCCGAGUUGGGGGAAGCUUUGCAGCUUGCCAGGGCUGCUCGGCGAGAAUGCGUACAAGUCAAGCUUUCCAUUGCAAUGCAGCAAGAUGCGUUGCUCCAAGCCAGCAGCGAUGCUGUGAAAGAGUCGGCCGUUAUGGCCGACUUGCAGCGGCAACUGGCGGAGGCAGCGGAGGUGCGACGCCAGAAGCUGGAAGCUCACCGAAAGGAGCAGGCUGCUCUGCAAGAUGCCAAAGACCAGUGGAAAACGCUUCAGAUCCAAGCAGAGACUGAAACCAUUAACAGUAACAUUAGCGCGGUUGGACCGAUGGAGGCCUGGCAGAAUGCCAAGCGCUCACUUGAUCGCUUGCGUAUGCGCCUUGAGCUGGCCUUGCGCAGCGUCUGCUGCCCUGAGGAGGAGAAGAGGCCAACUUUUGUGGAGCUGGUGCGACAGCUGAAGUCCACAGUGGAGCGUUUCCCUCCUCGGAGCUCGUCCGAGCGAGUUGACAUGCUUCAGGCGGAGGCGUCAAUAAAGCAGUCGGAUGGUAGCGGUGGCUCAUCACCCCGGCGUUCUCCCAGGCCCCCACAGGGUCCCGCCAACGGAGCCUCAGCAGAGCGUCAGGUGGCUGGUCAGCAGCCUUGUCAACCAUCUUCUGGGUUCAGGCAGGCGCCAGCUGACGGAGCGAAUCACAGAAGUUAG